AUGCACAGAUACCAUUCGCCGGCGCCUCAAGGAUAUCCACAUGGACCGCCUGCAUAUCAGAUAUAUACUCCACAGCUUCCUCAGGCGUAUGCUUCCACACCUCCCGCUGCACCUCCUUCUGCACCUCCUGCACGAAGCUCCAUUCCUAUCGACGUUCCAAGCGAGGAUGCUAAGGUUGUGGAUCAGUUCUCUGAAUGGAAAAAGGCACAGGCUCUCAAGCCGGCUUGGGGCGAUAGCAUAGUGGAGGUCCAGCGUAUUGUUUUCGCAUCAAGCCGGGUUAACUUCGGCAAAACACCAAGAUAUCAGAUGAACCUCACUACGAUCACCACUCCUUCCUACGACUUUCCAAACAGCGCACCAGCAAUUAUUUCGCCGGCCUCCAAUACCUCAGCUUCAAGACAGCCACAGUCUAGCAACAUGACAGUUUCACAGUCUACAUUAGCAUCGCAGAUGUCGAGAAAAAAAGAAGGGCAUACUGAUUGCCAUGAGUCCUACAAGAACGAACCACCGAAAGAGAUCACUAUCACAAGUAACGACUCACCACAGCCGCCAUCUUGGAAAGGGAACGAGCGACCUCAGCAGCAACAGCCACAAGCAACAGUGAGAGGUUCACAACAUGCCAACAAGAAGAGGACUAGUCAGACAGCUGCACACGAUACUGCAAGGGACCAACAGGCAUUCUUCCAUACCCGCACAUACUCGAAUGAGAACAUUGAGUCCAACACUAUCUUGAUGGAUCGAACCACAUCACUACAGACUGCGGCACCUACAUCACUGGGGCCACAUUCGAUUCAUGGGACCAGUGGUGCGCACGACGGGAAUAGUGCGGUUGGGCAGAAGAGGAAACGCGUGACUCAGCAACCGAUUCGUGAUAAGAUGGAAAACAGGAAGAAGUUCAAGAAGAAGUUGAAGGAAGAGAAGAUUAAGGUGGUGGGAGACGCCAACAGUUCCUCUAUACCGCCACGGAAGCCCCACGUAAAGGCUGGAGAUAUCAAUGUGCGUUCGAUCAAAGAUACUGCGACUGUGAACGGGGAGACCGACGAUGCUGAAGGCUAUUACAUGGUAACGGAGGAGAAUAGGCGCAUAGGUGACAGAUACUUUAUCAACAGACCUCUGGGCAAGGGCACCUCCGGCGAAGUCCAUGAAGCUUUUGACAAGCAGACAAAAUUGAAGUGUGCAAUCAAGAUCACUCGAGUUCAGGAUGAGGCCCGCGAUGAACUGCGGGUGCUACAGACUUUGUACCUUAACGACGAACAGAAUCGGAACAAAUGCAUCCACCUACGUGACUAUUUCGAAUUCUGCAACCACAUCUGCAUAGUCACCGAUGUUCUAGGCAAGAGCCUCUCCGACUUUCUCAACGAUAACAAAUCUAUGACUUUCCCAAGCAGUCACAUACAGAGCUUUGCUCGGCAGCUAUUUGUCAGCGUUGCGUUCUUACACGACCUUAAUAUAAUACACACCGAUGUAAAGCCGCAAAACAUUCUCCUCGUCGAUCACUCAUAUCAAAAACCCAACAUGGAGAUCAGACUUAUUGAUUUUGGGUCGGCAACUUUCGAGAACGAACAACACGUCCCGCUCAUAACUACAAGGCCAUAUCGCGCGCCGGAGAUUAUACUCGAAAAUGGAUGGAGCUAUCCAAGCGAUAUUUGGAGCAUUGGCUGCAUCCUCGUCGAACUUUCCGUUGGUGGUGCUCUAUUUCAACCGCAUGAUGAUAAUGAUCCCCAGCAUCUCGCAAUGAUGGAGAGAGUGUGCAGUGACACGAUUGAGCCGAAAUUGGCGCAGAAGUUUCAAGGUAUCGAUCGAAAGAAUAACCGCAACGAAGCUGCAGCAUUCUUCACUUUGGGUCCCAAAUUUGAUCACAUAAAGCCCCUUCACGAGAUCGUUCUCGGAGAUACAGCGUUCAACAAGCAGUUCCUCGACCUUCUUCAGCGUGUCUUUAUGCUUGAUCCAAAGCAGCGUAUUAGCGCCCGGCAGGCUCUCGAGCACGAGUGGUUCAAGGAGACGAUUACGGAUGAUGGUACAAAAAGCUACGUAAAUUAG